AUGUCUCUUCCAGUUGCUCUGCCAGAGAGCACGCUGAAGCUCCUCAGCCAGCUCGCGCCAGGAACAGUCGCAGAUACAGCCGCUCUUGCUGCUGCCGGUCUUCUGUCUGCCGCAUAUGUCCUGCGCGGAUACGCCUGGGACAGGCCGGAUCCGUACAACUACAUCUGGUACGAGAAGCCUCAACAAGGCGCCGACGGCAAUGCCGCGAACAAGAAGUCAAAGAACAUUGCUGAGAGGCUAGAAGAGCUCGGCAAAGAUGUCGUCGUCUUCUGGGGCUCGCAAUCCGGCACCGCAGAGGGCUUCGCGAACCGCCUCGCUCGCGAGCUGCACCAGCGCUUCCAUCUCAACACCAUGUCAGCAGACCUCUCAGACUACGACGCCGACACCAUCACACAAAUUCCCCAGACUAAGCUGGCCAUCUUCAUCAUCUCCACCUAUGGCGAGGGAGACCCCAGCGAUAACGCCAGCUUGUUCUGGGACUGGUUGACCAAGCUGCAAGACAAGCCCCUUACAUCGCUGCGCUACGCAGCCUUUGGUCUGGGCAACAGCAAUUACAGAUACUACAACAAGGUCGUCGACGUCGUCGAUAAGGCCCUGGUAGACUGUGGCGCCUCGCGAUUGGCGCCCGUCGGCCGCGCAGACGAUGCGGUCGGGGCUACAGAGGAGGACUUCCUUUCAUGGAAGGAUGACUUGCACAAGGUCUUCCGCGAUGAACUGAAGCUGCAGGAACACGAAGUUGUUCACGAGCCGUCGCUGGCCGUCGUCGAGGAUGGGUCCCUGGAGCCGCAGGAUCUUCACAUUGGCGAGCCAGUACACCUGAUUGAGGGCUCUGGAAAGUCAACAGCAAACUCAGCCAUCAAGGGCUUGAAGAUCAAAAAUGCGCGCAGCUUAUUCUCCUCUCCUGGACGCAGCUGUCUUCAUCUGGACCUCGAUCUAGGAAACAGCUCCCAAAUCACAUACAAGACCGGCGAUCAUCUUGCCGUCUGGCCCAUCAACCCCGACCAAGAAGUUGAGCGUCUCCUUAAUGUGCUCGGUCUUUCAGAGCGCAGAAGCAUCCCUAUCAGCAUUAACGCCCUUGACGCCGCCGUUAAGGUCAGAAUUCCCACGCCGACGAAUGUCGAGACAUUGUUCAGAUACUACCUCGAGAUCUGCGCCGCAGUUCCCAGAGAUGCCGUCCGAGGCCUUGCACAGUUUGCGCCCUCUCCCGCAUCAAAGGAAAUUCUACUGAACCUAGGACGAGACAAGGAUAACUACGCCGCUUUCCUCGCAUCGAAUCAUCUGACCAUCGGCAAGCUUCUGGAAUACGCAGCCAAGGCCGAUGGCAACGCGACAUCGUCUGCAUGGUCGGGAAUUCCCCUGUCAUACCUCAUCGAGACCUUGCCUAGAUCCCAGCCGCGUUACUACUCCAUUUCUUCUUCUAGCGUCGUUUCUCCCAAGGCACCCAGCAUCACCGUUGCCGUAUCUGAUACCCCCUUGUCCGCUUCCCCAACCACAGCCAUCCCUGGUCUGACGACGAACUACCUUCAGUCGCUCUCCAACUCGCUGCAAGACUCGCAGGCAACGCAACAGACCGAGGGUCUCAGCUAUGCCCUGUCAGGCCCCUCGAACGCACUUGAGGGCGGCCUUGUUUACGCUCACAUCCGCCGCUCCAAGUUCAAGCUUCCCAUGCUCUCCUCGCACCCACUCGUCAUGGUCGCUGCUGGCACGGGUCUGGCACCGUUCCGGGCCUUUAUCAUGGAACGUCUCCGCCUACAGUCUGUCGGUAAGGACAUCGGGCAGAUGAUCCUCUUCUUCGGAUGUCAGCGCCCCGACGACGACUACAUCUAUAAGGAGGAGCUCGAGCAGAUGGAGAAGGACCUCGGUGGCAAGCUCAAGAUCGUGACGGCCUUCUCACGGCAAGAGGGCGCGAAGAAGACAUACGUCCAGGACAGGGUACGUCAGUUGGGCGCCGAGGUUUUGGGGCUUUUGGAGGAGAGUGCCAGUUUGUACAUGUGCGGACGGGCGAGCAUGGCUAGGGAGGUCGGAAAAACUUUGGGUGAUAUUGUGAGGGCGGAUAAGGGCUGGAGUGAUGCCCAAGUCAAGGACUGGAGCGAAGGACUCAAGAGAAAUCGCAAGUGGCAAGAAGACGUUUGGGGAUAG